UCUCGUUUGAGUUUUUGAGGAGUGUCUGCUAGAGUGUGAAUGUGUUUCUAUAAAAAACAGUGAUGAUCCUGAUGAAUCACAGUGUUAAGUGUAGUAAAUUAGUUAGUUUACAAUAAUUUGUGUCAAGUGUUCACCAAAUGAUUAUUUAUUAAGGAUUUAACUCGAUAAGACUUAACCGUUAGUAAUAGGAUGUCGGCAGCUCAUCUAUAUCCAAUAUGGCUUCUGGCCGCCGGUGUGUGUUCGUUGGUGUUGGCUCAGCAGAGUCUGUUGGGGGGAAACUCGGGGGGACAGAACCCCUGCUCCAUUAAGCAGACCUGUCGUGACUGUAUACAGACGCCCAGUUGUGCGUGGUGUUCCCAGCCUGAUUUUGGAGACGGCAAACGCUGUUUUCAACCCGGCUCUCCUGUUAGCAAACAGUGUCAGUCCAAAUACAUCCACAAUCCUCAGAACGAGUUGGCAAUACUGAUUGCCAAAAACCUGACCAAGUCGUCGGCUGGCAUAGGAGGUGGUGCCUAUGGAUCAUCGGGGUCCUCUUUCUUUUCAUCUUCCUCUUCGUCUUCCUCUUCCUCUUCCUCAUCUUCGUCGAGCAGUCAUCACCAGGAGGUCGUGCAGAUAUAUCCGCAAAAGUUGGACCUCAAAUUGAGGCUUAACAAGAUGGAAAAAGUCACUUUCUACUACGAGCAAGCGGAAGACUACCCUGUUGACCUGUACUACCUUAUGGAUUUGUCGCAAUCGAUGAAGGACGACAAAGACAACUUGUCGAAAUUGGGAGAUCAGCUGGCGUCCAACAUGCGUGGCAUCACUUCGAAUUUCAGACUUGGUUUUGGAAGUUUCGUUGAUAAAGUUGUGAUGCCCUAUGUUAGCACUGUACCUGCCAACCUAAUUGAACCCUGCUCUAAAUGUGAGGCUCCAUACGGAUUCCAGAAUGUUAUGUCUCUUAGUACCAACACAAGUAGAUUCUCUGGUGAAGUAAGGGACGCAGCAGUAUCUGGUAACCUGGACGCUCCAGAGGGAGGCUUCGAUGCGAUCAUGCAGGCAGUGGUGUGUAGGAAGGAGAUAGGUUGGAGAGAGAAGGCCAGGCGGCUGUUGGUGUUCUCAACAGAUGCUGGAUUCCAUUAUGCAGGAGACGGAAAGCUGGGAGGUAUCGUGAAACCGAACGACGGCGAAUGUCACCUGGACUCGAAGGGCCUCUACACACAUUCCACCUUCCAGGACUACCCGUCCAUCUCACAGGUGAACCUUAAGGUGAAGCAGAACUCCAUCAAUGUGAUCUUUGCUGUGACAGCCGAGGAGCACGACAUCUACGAGCGACUCAGCAAGCACAUAGAGGGCUCUUCGUCCGGCAAGCUCAGCAACGACUCCUCCAAUGUCGUACAUCUCGUCAGGGAACAGUAUGAGAAAAUCUCGUCGUCAGUGGAAAUGAAGGACACAGCGUCCAGUGCAGUGAAAGUGUCCUACUUCUCCAAGUGUCUCAAUUCGUCCGAUCUCAGUCAGACUAAUAAAUGCGAUGGACUCAAGGUUGGCACACGAGUGCAAUUCGAGGCCCACGUGGAGCUGAAGGAAUGCCCGAAGAACCCCAAGGACUGGAAGCAGACGUUCAACAUCUACCCGGUCGGAAUCAACGAGACUCUCACCAUCAAUCUGGAGAUGCUGUGUGACUGUCCCUGCGAACAUCCCGGCCAUGAAUGGUACGAGGAUUACUCGCCGCACUGCUCGGGCGCAGGCACUUAUAAGUGCGGCGUGUGUGAGUGUGACGAGUCGCACUUUGGCCGCAAGUGUGAGUGCGACACCAACAACCUGAGGGCGGGGGCCGGUGAUGACCUCACUGCUGGCUGUCGGCCCGACAACACCACUCAUGUUGACUGCUCCGGCCGCGGAAUGUGUGUCUGCGGCCAGUGCGAGUGUGAGCAACGACCCAAUCCUGAAGAGCAAAUCACAGGUGCUUUCUGCGAAUGCGACAACUUCUCGUGUGACCGUCACAACGGAGUGCUGUGUUCGGGACCCGAGCAGGGCACCUGCGAAUGUGGGACAUGUGUCUGCAAGCCAGGAUGGACUCACGGCUCCAUAGGGCAAGCGUGCGACUGCAGCACAAGCAGUGACAUGUGUAUGGCGCCUGGAGGCAACGGCGAAGUUUGUUCUGGAAGAGGACAGUGCGAGUGUGGACAGUGCAAGUGUAACAAAGAGGAAGAAACUGGAAGAACUUACACCGGACAGUUCUGUGAGAGAUGCACUACUUGCCCUGGGCGUUGUAUGGAACUGAGAGAUUGUGUAAUGUGCAGAGCUUACAAGACUGGACCACUGUCUGAAGAGGAAUGUGCAGCUAACUGUACUCAUUUCGAGCUUAUACUAGUCGACGAAGUCAAGUUGGACGAAGAGAAAGACGAAAGUAUUUGUGUAUUUGAUGAUGAAGACGACUGUCGGUUUGAGUUUGUGUAUUGGUACAACCGCACCAGUAUUGUGGUCGAGGCCCAGAAGGAGCGCCAAUGUCCGCCCCAAGUCUUCAUUCUAGGAAUUGUGCUGGGUGUGAUAGGAGCUAUAGUUCUUAUAGGAUUGGCACUGCUACUCUUAUGGAAGCUUUUGACUACCAUUCAUGACAGGAGAGAAUUCGCCAAAUUCGAAAAGGAAAGAACACUUGCUAAAUGGGAUACGGGUGAAAAUCCAAUCUACAAGCAGGCCACUUCUACGUUCAAGAAUCCAACUUAUGCUGGGAAGUAAAAUUUGCAAAAAUAAUCAGUUUCAAGCCGGAUAUUGUAGUAUUUCUCCAAUUUUUAACUCAGGAAUUGAACACUGGUUAACGAUACUUUUCACAAAUUUUGAGCUUGAAACCCUGAUAUUCAAACUCUGAAACUUGAAUAUUGUAUACAAUACAAGUUUUCAAAUCUUGAGUUUAAAUUUCAAAAGUUAAAACUCGGAAAUUUGAAUUAAUGUGAACGUUGGUAGUUCGCGAAUUUUCUCUUUGAUGUCAAUAUUUUGAAAUCGAAUAAAGUUUAACGAUCUUUAGUUUUAAAAUCUUGAUUUUUAAAUUCAAAACUCUGAAAUUCAGCUUGAGGUUAACUAUAUAAGAAAAUAUUAAUAUUGUUCCUAAUGUAUUGUCCGUUUAUGCACUAUUAUCAUUAUUCUACAUCAUAUUAGAUAGAAUUUUAAAAAUACGUAGGUAACCCUGAAUACAUACAUUCAAGUAGAUAAAAUUUAUUAUUUAAUAUUAUUAAGUACAAAAAUGUCAAUGACAGCUGGAAACCAUAUAUUAUGAAAUCAUAUUGAUCGAUACAUUCAAAUCAAAUUGAAAACAAUACAAUGUAGACUUGAAUCAUAAAAAUAAUACACAAGCAAGAAAUACAUAAUAAGAUAUGAAUAACACAUAAACUCAAAAAUAACUUGUUUUCUCUGUGACAAAGCCAAUAAAUUCAAUUCAGUUUGAAGCAUAUCUUAUCUGUGAACAAAAUUUUAUACAAUUUUUAAUGAGUUUAGAAGAUAUAGAAAAACAAAUAACUAUUAAUUAUAAUUAUUGAAAUUACAUUAACUUGUUAUGAAAAAAAUAUUUUGAUUUAUUGAUAAAUAUUCAAUAUAGUGCCAUGUUAUUAUAUUAUCUUCUUCACAAUAUAUUAUUUACUGUAGAGAAAUAUGUAAAUUCAAUAUAUUUUUCAAUAUUUCAAUGAAAAAUUAAUUAUUACUCCUAAUAUUUGAUUGAUUUUUUAAUCUUCAUUGAUAAUAAUAUUCUGCAUAAACGGGCAAAAAACAAAAACUGUGGUGAACAUCAACAUUAAAAAAAAAAAUUGAUUUGAAAAUGAAUUAAUUAACCUGCCUUGUUAAGAAAAACAUUUGACUGCCGUCUUAUAUGUAUAUAAUCGUUGAAUAUUACAUAAUAUUUAUUAGGUGUAGAAUACUAAGACUUGGUUUUAACGUAGAAAUGUUAAGAUUCAUGAAUCUAAACAAUCUGUAUUGUUUAUUUCACGAAUUGAAAAAUAUUUUGUUCAAAUUCAUGAAUUUGACGGAUUAAAAUUGAAAUUACACGAUUUUUAAUGAUGAAUUUUUCAUGAAUUUUAACAAACAUUGUGUGAGUCUUUUAAUUAGUUUUAACUAAGUGUAUGGUCCGGUUGCACAAAAGCUGGUUAAAUUCUAACAGUGAUCAAUUUCACGAGAACUAAUCAGAUACGGUUUUUUUCUGAUAAGUCGGCUUCUCUGAUUGGUUCUCGUGGAAUUAAUCACGAUUAAAAUUUAACCGGAUUUUGUGCAACCGGCAAUCAAUGUUUGAAAUGAAUAUUUAUAACACUUAUAGAUCAGAUAAUGCUUCAUGAAAAAUAUUUAUCAAAAUACUAGAAUGCAAAAGUGGAUUAUAUAAAAAAUAUAUUUAGAAAUACAUUUAUGGUAGCUUAUUAACUCAACGUAGGUGUUUUGAAACUUUAUUUUAAAUCCUAACAAUUUACUCUAUCAAACACAAACUUUAUUGAAUUUUAAAACUAUAUUUUUUUUUAAAUUUAAUUAUUUUGAAUUUUGAUAUUGUCAACAUCAAAAGUGUUCAUGUGUUUUGAUUUAACUUUGGUUUAUUUUUUUAUUUUUGACAUAAUGUAACUUGAUUUCUUGAAACAAAUUUGACACAAAAUUCCAACUUUUACUUGAAAUUUUUGAUUCAAUUUUGUGAUUUUUCUAUUGGUAUUCAAUGUGGUAGCUUGUUCAGUUAAUAAUUUUAUAAUACAAAGAUUAUAUUAUAAUUAGAUAAUUUUAUUUCCACAGUUUCAUUGAAAACAGUCAUAAAUCUGGUGCCUUAUUGAUAAAAUAAUAAUGCCUUAAAAAGCUAUCUACUUACCAAAUAUUUGAUAAAAUUUUAGAAAUGUUGCAAAAUCGGCAAAAUUAUUUUUACAAGAACUUACUAUAGUUAUUUAAAGUGUUGCUAUUAUUACUGGCUGCUUUUUCUAGAAAUAGGGGAAUUCAGCUUUUUUGGAAAACCUAUAUUUUUGAAUACAUUAUAUUUCAAAAAAAAAAUUCAUUUUAUUAAUAUUUUGCAACUUAUGUUACUGUCUUUAUCUUGAAAUAAUUUUUAUCCAUAUUUUGAAUCAUCAAAUAAAUACCUAUAAUUUUAUUGUCAUAGAUCAUUUAUGAGCAACGUCAAAUUUUCAAGUUGUGCUACAAUCUAAAAUGAAGUCGUAUAUUAUCUAACAAUAUUACUGUUUUUAUCUGUUUUAUCAUCUUGUAAUUUUUAGUUUGUUAUCGAUAAUAUUAUAUUGGUGUGGAAUAUCCAAUGCUUCAAUCAAGAUAACUUUAAUUUAAAAAUCAAAUUUAAUUUGAAAUUUUUUUCACUUAUAUUCAGAAAUAUUUUUAAAAUAUUGAAACCUAAAUUAAAUAUUAUUCAAAACAUAAACUAAUGGAAGUUGAACUUAUAUCACAGCAUGUAUUGAUUCUUACAUUUUAUUAUCGGUUUUUCGAAAGAUUUCACAAAAUUUAUUAUAAGUUUAUUUUACAGUAGAACCUUGAUAAUCUGUCCCCUAUAGGACUGAGGGCAAGGCCGGAUCACCAGAAAGGACGGAUAAGCGAAAAACUAAUUUAUUUAAAUCAAAACUAGUUUAAUAACUCAAUAUUAUAUCGUUACAAGUGGUAAUUGAGUGGAAUAUUUCCAAUUUAUUGAUUUAUUUGAGCCAUCUAAAUUCAAAAUUUAUAGUUUCCAUCUUUAUUUUGGACUAAAAUUUUAUAGAAAUUGUACAUAUGAACUUCUAACCUUAUAUUGGACUGUGUAACCACCUAUGUAUUUGCAAGAAAAAUAGCUCAAGAACUAAAUUAUUAUGUUAUCUACCAAUGUAAAUAACAUAUGUGUCAUUUGUAUCGUAAAUAGAUAAAUAAAAUUGAGGCGCUUAACAACAAGGAAAAGAAGAAGUACAAGAACAGUAACAGAAAGAUGGAGAAAAAUAAGACAGAAGAGUAGAAGAAGAAGAAGAAGAAGAAGAAGAAGAAGAAGAAGAAGAAGAAGAAGAAGAAGAAGAAGAGAAGAAGAAGAAGAAUAUAUAUAUAUAUAUAUAUAUAUAUAUAUAUAUAAUAUAUAUAUAUAUAUAUAUAUAUAUAUAUAGACUUUAUCUGUAUUUUUACAGAACUGGUAAGUUAUAGAUAUAAAAAGCUUGGCAUCAGCUGAUUAAAAGUGAAUUGCUCAUGUUCGUGGCGCGUAUAUCUGUACGCACCUUAACAUUCUUCAAUUACACACUCAAUUUACAAUUCAAAACACACAAGAAUCAUUUUUAAAUUGAAAAAAUACUUCUAAAUUUGAUUUAAUCAAUUACAAAUAUUCAGAGAACUCCAACUUUGAAAAACUAUAAAUUUUUGAAACCGAAAAAAACACAUGAUUGAGAUGAUGAUGAAAAAUUGGAAUUACAAGAAUAAGUAGAGAAAGCCUAGUGACCCGACGUAGUUAUCUGGUCGGAUUAGAAGGAGUCGGAUUAUCGAUGGUCUACUGAAAAAUGAAUAUUAUUGUUGUUUGUUUCAAUAAUUAAUUUUCGGUUGUGUGUUAUGUUAAUUUCUAGAAUUAUUUGUUAAAAUAAUAUAUGUAUGUUAUUUGGAUCAAUUUAUUAAUAUUAUUUUAAUAGUUUGAGAUGAUUAAAAAUUAGAAUAAUUAUAAUCAUAGUUAUCAUAUUUUAGGGUUAGAAUAAUGUAGAUGUCAAGGUGCACUAUAAGUCUAAAUUCAUGUGUAUUCUAAUCAUAAAAAGUUAAGUAACGUAUUAACGGAUAAUUGAUAAUGGGUUAUAUUUGAAAAAAUUCAAAUUUGAGUUCAUUGUAAAGCACGGCAAAUUUUGUAGUUUGUAAAAAACUGACAUUUCUGAAGAGAUAAUCGAUAAUGUAUAGUGAUAUCCACUUAAAGGUGUCAGUAUUAUUAGAAUGGCAAGGAUUAAUUUUAUCUGAAGGUAAUGCUUAACAGGUAAUUUCACUGGUGACACAAUGAAAAAUUUAAAUUGAAAAUAAUUUCAAAAUUAGCAAAGUUAUUAAAAAAAAAGUAGUUUAUUUAGGUGGUUUAUCAAAUUCAAACACUUUAGUCAAUAUUGGAAAAGAAGAUUUUAAUAUGGAUCUCGAGGAUUUUUUAUAUUAGGAAAGAAAUCAAAAUAUAGCCCAUUAAAAUUAUUGACUAAAACCAUUGUUUUUCAUUAACUUAUAUUUUAGUUACUUCUCUAAAUCUUUAAAGAUUGAACGGAUUGGUUUACUUACGGUAUAAAAAUUAUUAUAUGAAUAAUUUGAAGCUUAACAUAAUAAUUAUUAUUUGUUCUAUAGCUGCUAUUUUUGUAUAUAUAGUUGUAUUAAUUUUCGUGUAAAUGUUUUUAUUUUCUAAUUGUCUGUGACGAAUAUAACACUAUACUAUUAAAUUAAAUCAACUUUU